AUGUCCAGCAAUACCCAGGAGUUUACCCCGCCUCUCAAAGCAGAGGAAGGGCCACAGGUGUAUCGUCCUAGUGGUUUCCACCCUGUUCAUCUUGGAGAGGUGUACGAUGGGAAACACAAAGUGCUGAGGAAACUAGGCUUCGGGAGAUAUUCAACGACAUCAAACCUGAUAACAUUUUUCUUCCAGAUCCAGGAUUAUUCGCUAAUUUCAGAACUAUACCUGCCAAAUAACCCUGCUGAUCUGGCAGACUUUGACACGUCAACUGAUCCCUCAACCAUCCGGUCUCAGCCUCUUAAGUGGGAUUACUUCCGGAAGGGAGCAAAUCUCAUGAAGUUUAAUAUUGCAUUGGGUGACUGGGGUGUCGCUAAAGUACUCAUCAGAGCUCCCUGGGGCCCAGCUGCCGAUCUCUGGAAUUUAGGAGCUGUUGUUUGGAAGUGUUCCGCGCUGUACACAUGUUUAGUAGGAGAGGUCCACCAUAUGGUUAUUACAAGGUUCGGUUCCACCUCCAUGAAAUUGUGGAUUUAUUUGGGCCAUUUCCAAGAUCAUUUCUGCAAAAAGGUGACCAAGAGCUUGUCCAAGGAUACUUUGACAGUGAGGAAAGGAUAAAAAAUUUGCCUCCACUCAACCGUCCGGGGCUGGAAUCGGAGGCAUUUCUCGGGGAAUUGAAUGGGGAAAACAAAAAGAUAUUUAUUAUGUUCUUAAGAUCGCUCAUGAAGAUUGAUCCGAAAGAGAGGAAGACAACGAUGGAUUUACUUGCUAAGCCUUGGCUCGAUGCAGUGGCCUAGCCCCUGAAUGGGUGAUAGUUGAGGUCUGGUUGCAGGUCAAACCUACAUUAUUCCGGGGUGUCCUAAAUGUGAACGAAAGUCAGAAACACAAAAAGGCAGAAAGAGAUCAAAAUGGGAAUUAAGUCUUUCGUCCGCCUUUCUUCGAGGUCACGCUUCCGCAGUUGCACGGGAGGUUAAUCCGGGGUAUCGAUGAGAGUACAACUGGGGCGUUGGGCGCAUCGUCUACGCCGCCUGCGCGUCCUCUAUCAGUCAACGUCUAAUCCUCUGGGAUGCAGCCGGAGCGCUGACUGAAACCGUUGCCCUCCCAGUGAGAUUUCAAUGCUCCGACGACCGCCUCCAUAGGUAAGUUAUCUGCCUCGCUUUACGCUGUCUGAUGACGCCUGUCAUGCUUUCCUCGCGGUAUGCAUUUGGGCCUUUUUUUGCCCUUCCAUUUCCUACCCAGAAGGACAGUUUCAACAACUGGUGAAGGGGACCGGCAG